GCAUAGUGUAACAAGAUGGCGUCUAGUUCUUGGCGUGCGCUGCCGAAAGGUGUACGAAAUGUCCUGAAUGGUACCUUAAAGACCCAAAGGCUUUACAUAGAGGAGCACUGUGACAGCCGGCGGCUGCUGUGCACCACGGGCAGCGUCCCAAGUUUGGAGCAGACAACCAGGGUGCCGCUUUCCCAGCCCCUGCCAGGGUUUCCUAAGCCGCUGUAUGCUGUGCCCUCGGCUCAGGACCAUGCCACCGAGGUCACCACCCUCAACAACGGACUCCGGGUAGCCUCUCAAAACAAGUUUGGCCAGUUUUGCACCGUGGGCGUUGUCAUCGAUUCAGGAUCACGGUAUGAGGCUCCUUACCCAAGCGGAGUAUCGCAUUUCCUAGAGAAGUUGGCAUUCAAUUCCACACGGGAGUUCAAGGACCGGGAUGCAGUGCUCCAGGAGCUGGAGAAGCAAGGCGGCAUCUGUGACUGCCAGGGGUCGAGGGACACAAUGAUCUAUGCGGCCUCAGCCGAUGCUCGGGGCCUGGGCUCUGUUGUGCGGCUCCUUGGCGACGUGGUUCUGCGGCCUCUCUUCAAAGAGGAAGAGAUCGAGAGGAGCCGGCAGACCAUCCAGUUUGAGCUAGAGGACAUUGACAGCAAACCAGACCAGGAGCAGCUGCUCUUUGAGAUGAUCCAUGCUGCCGCCUAUGGCAACAACACGUUGGGCUUGCCCAAGCUGUGCCCACGGGAGAAUGUGGCCGUGGUUGGGCGCCAGGUGCUGUACACCUACCUGAGCCACCACUUCACUCCGUCACGCAUGGUGGUGGCUGGCGUUGGGGUCGACCACACUGCAUUGGUGGAAGCAGUGCACAGGUACUUUGUGGAGCAGGUGCCGAUCUGGCAGGAGAACCCCGAGUUAAUUCUGGACCCGAGGAUGGAGCCAGACGCAUCCAUUGCACAAUACACAGGAGGUGUCGUCAAGGUUGAGAAGGACCUGUCGAAUGUGAGCCCUGGCCAGACUCCAAUCCCCGAGCUGGCACACUUUGUGCUGGGCCUGGAGAGCUGCUCGCACCAGGACCCCGACUUCAUUGCCUACUGCGUUCUCAACAUGAUCAUGGGUGGUGGGGGUUCCUUCUCGGCUGGUGGACCUGGCAAAGGCAUGUACACCCGCCUCUACACCAAUGUGCUCAACCGGUACCAUUGGAUGUACAAUGCUACUGCGUACAACCACGCAUAUGGUGACUCGGGCGUCUUCUGCAUUCAUGCCAGUGCGGACCCUUCUCAGCUCCGAGACGUGGUGAAUGUCAUCGUUCGGGAGUUUUCAUCCAUGGCAGGGAAAGUGGCUCAUAUAGAGCUGGAGCGGGCCAAGACACAGCUCCAGUCGAUGCUGCUAAUGAACCUGGAAGCGCGUCCGGUCAUGUUUGAGGACAUAGGACGACAGGUUCUUGCCAGUGGUCAUCGCAAAGAUGCCGACUACUACAUUUCAGAGAUAAGCAAGAUCAAGGCGGACGACAUUGAGCGCGUGGUGCAGCGGAUGCUUCGAGCACGGGCAUCAGUGGCUGCCUUAGGCAACCUGCGGGGCCUGCCAGCACUGGAGGACAUCGAGGUGGGCCUGCUGAGUAAGGAUGGUGCACUGCCUCCGCGCCGGUUCUCGCUGUUCGGACGCUGACUGUGCAUUGUUUACUAUGCAUCCAAGCUGGCUGGUGACACCUUACCAGGGCGGGCCUACCAGUGUGCGCCAGAACCAGACAUCACCAUCGCACGAGGCUCAAUAAAUGUUUCCCACUACA